AUGUUCUUCUAAUCCAUUUUUCCUGAAAAGCUGGACAAGGUGCCCCAGAACGCCACUCACUGUACUAUGUGUACACAGCCCUGUCAAAGGCUGUCAACGCACCAGGCAUCUUUGAAUUUACUGCCAUGGGCCUACUGGACGACAGAAAGAUUGAUUACUAUAACAGCAAAGACAAAGUCAAGAUUCCUCAACAGGACUGGAUGAAAAAAAAGCUUCCAGCGGACUACUGGGAAAAGGGCACCCAGUCACGUAAAAGCAAAGAGCAAUGGUUCAAAGUCAAUGUGAACAUUCUGAUGGAACGCAUGAGACAGAAUGGAUCUGAUGUUCACGUCCUCAUGUGGAAACAUGGCUGUGAGGUUAACAGAAUGGCAGAUGGUUCUGUCACGUUUGUUAAAGGUGUUGAUGCAUACAGCUUUGAUGGAAUGGAUUUCCUUUCCUUUGAUGAUAAAUCAAUGCAUUGGGUUGCCCCAGUUAAUGAAGCUAUACCCACAAAACAGAAGUGGGAUAGGGUUCCCAUCCUGAAUCAGUACACCAAGGGCUACCUGGAGAAGGAGUGCGUGGACUGGCUGGGCAAGUUCAGAAAAUAUGGGGACAAAGAAUUACAACAACAAGUGAAAGUUUCUCCACCAAAGGUUCGUCUUUUUGCUAAAGCAGACAGAUCUUCAAAUACACUAAAGUUGACCUGCAUGGCCACAGGUUUCUACCCCAAAGACAUUGAGAUCAUCAUUCGGAAAGGAAAGGAGGUUAAAGCGGAAGGUGAUAAUAAUAAUGUCAUGCCCAAUGGCGAUGGAACCCAUCAGAUCAAACUGAGUGUGGAGGCCAAAUGGUCAGACAUUAAUGAUUAUGAGUGUGAGGUGAACCACAUAGGCCUGGAAGAACCAAUUAUGAAAGCUUGGUCAUUAGACGGAGAAGCACCUGAUGAAAAUUCAAACACUGGACCGAUAGUGGGAGGGUUGGUGGUGGUACUGAUACUAGCAACAAUGGUGAUCUUGGCCAUUGCUGUUAAAAAAGGCUGGAUUUGUGGGAACCUCAGUAAGGCUGAUUCUAAAGGAAUUAUUUUAACUGAAGGAUCAACCAAGAGCAGCGAUGAAAACGUCUCUUCACCUGCAAAAGUGCCCCCUGGACAAGAUGGUUUGCUUUUGCAGGGAAGGGUGGCAGUGAUACUGAUUCUGGUCAAGGAAGUUCUAAUGAAGGAGUAAACUUGCUGAAGGUGUCCAGUGAGAAGUGAAUGGGUGAAGAUCAAGAACGCUCCCUACAAGCUGUUGUCCCUACAACUCCUCUUAAAUGAUCAUAAGUUACAAAAAGUUACUUGCAAAUAAGUAAUGUUUUCAGAUAGAACCUUUUAUAAACA